UCUCUCUCUCUUUCUCUCUCUCUGUGUCUCUCACUGUGUGUGUUCAUAUGUGCAUACAUUUUGAAUAUCUCAGGAGGAGGAACAGCACUUUGACCCUGCCUGCCAUGACAGUGUGAUCAGCACAUGACUUGGCAAAGUACCGGAAGACACACAGCGAAUCUGCUUUGAGACGAUUGUUCAGAAAAUGGAGUUAGGUGACAAAAGACUGUAAAGUUAGGAGACAAACUUAGGAGAAGCUGUUUCAAUUCCCUGGAGUGUUACUGAUCUCGGCAGUCUUUUCUGCCUAAAGUUCUUAUCUACUGUUGGAAGUUUUUUCUAAACUGUUUUCCUUUUGUUGAUACUGACUGGAUUUCUGCAUGGAUUGUAAAGACUACAUUUGGAAUAGCAACACUCUUUACAGGUGGCGACUGACAAGGUUGCAGGCAAGCUGAGUUCUACUCUCUCAUGGGUGAAGAACUCGGUGUCACACACGGUCAGUCAGAUGGCUAGCCAGGUGGCCACGCCGUCUAGCCAGAUGGCAACGGUGCCCUCAUCCCUGCAGACCACCACAGCCACCUCCUCCUCCACCUCCCUCUCCCUGUCCUCCCCGUCCCCCACGUCGGCGUCGCCCGCCAAGCUCAGCCCAGAUGAACUGGAGCUGCUCGCCAAGCUGGAGGAGCAGAACAGGUUGCUGGAGACGGACAGUAAGUCCCUCCGCUCUGUUAACGGAUCCAGACGUAACAGCGUCUCCAGCCUCGUGUCCAGCUCCUCAGCUUCCUCCAACCUGUCUCACCUGGAGGAGGACUCCUGGAUCCUCUGGGGACGCAUAGUCAAUGAGUGGGAGGAGGUCCGCAAGAAGAAGGAGAAGCAGCUCAAGGAUCUGGUCAGAAAAGGGAUCCCCCACCACUUCCGGGCGAUAGUAUGGCAGUUGCUAUGCAAUGCCCAGAACAUGCCUAUCAAAGACCAGUACUCUGAGCUGCUGAAGAUGGUAUCACCCUGCGAGAAGCUGAUUCGCCGGGACAUCGCCCGGACCUAUCCUGAGCAUGAGUUCUUUAAGGAGGACAGCUUGGGACAGGAAGUACUCUUCAAUGUCAUGAAGGCCUACUCUCUGGUGGACCGGGAGGUCGGUUACUGUCAGGGAAGUGCUUUCAUCGUCGGACUGCUGCUCAUGCAGAUGCCCGAGGAGGAGGCGUUCUGUGUGUUCGUGAAGCUGAUGCAGGACUACAGACUGAGAGAACUGUUCAAACCCAGUAUGGCUGAGCUGGGACUCUGCAUGUACCAGUUUGAGUUUAUGAUCCAGGAACUUCUCCCAGACCUCCAUAUCCACUUCCAGGCCCAAAGUUUCCACACCUCUAUGUACGCCUCCUCCUGGUUCCUCACCAUCUUCCUCACCUCCUUCCCUCUCCCUGUUGCUACUAGGAUCUUUGACAUCUUCAUGUUAGAGGGUCUGGAGAUAGUGUUCCGUGUGGGGCUGGCCAUCCUACAGAUGAACCAGGUAGAACUCGAACAGCUAGACAUGGAGGGAAUGUUACAGCACUUUCAGAGGGUCAUCCCCCACCAGCUGGAAAGUGGACCAGACAAGGUCAUCCUCGCUGCUUAUAACGUCAAGUACAACGCCAAGAAGAUGAAGAAGUUAGAAAAGGAGUACACUACAAUCAAAACUAAGGAGAUGGAGGAGCAGGUGGAGAUUAAGAGGUUGCGCACAGAGAACAGACUGCUGAAACAGAGGAUAGACACACUGGAGAAAGAAAGUGCUUCCUUGGCAGAUAGAUUGAUCCAGGGACAAGUGACACGCGCCCAGGAGGCAGAGGAGACCUACCUGGUCAUGCGGGAGCUGGCCACGGUCAGGCAGCAGAGCGAAGAGGCCACAGCUCAGCUGGAGCUGGCACAGAGCACCAUCAGGGAGCUCCAGCAGAGACCACUAUUGAAGGGUAACCCGCGCUACACAGAGGAGUCUAUCCUGCAGCUGGAGAGAGAGCUGGUUCAGGCCAGGCUAAAGGAGGCGGAGUCACAGUGUGCCCUCAAGGAGAUGCAAGACAAGAUCCUGGACAUAGAGAAGAGGAACACAUCUCUGCCAGAUGACACCAACGUAGUGCGGUUGCAGGAGGAGCUGAUAGCAGUGAAGCUGAGAGAGGCUGAGGCUGUGACGGGGCUGAAGGAGCUCAGACAACAGGUCAGAGACCUGGAGGAGCACUGGCAGUGUCACCUGGCGCGUACGGCGGGCCGCUGGAAGGACAGCCCUAGGAAGAUUACUAUGUGUGAGCUGCAGGACGAGCUGAUGAGUGUCCGACUACGGGAGGCCGAGGCCCAGGCAGAGCUCAGAGAGACACGACAGAGGAUGAUGGAGCUGGAGACACAGAACCAGAUCCAUGGCAACCAGCUGCGUCGGGCGGAGCAGGAGGGGCAGGGCUUUCAGGAGCGUGUGACUGUGCUGACCACCCAGAACAAGAGCCUACACGUUCAGCUGCAGGAGAUCAAACGCAAACAGGCAGAGAUUGAGUGCAAGAACAAGGAGGAGGUGAUGGCGGUGAGGCUGAGAGAGGCUGACAACAUCGCUGCUAUGGCCGAGCUGCAGCAACAAAUCUCUGAACUGGAGAUACAGAAAGAAGAAGGGAAGGUCCAGGGCCAGCUGAACAACACAGACUCCAGUCAGUACAUCCGAGACCUGAAGGACCAGAUAGCUGAGCUCAAACAUGAGAUCCGCUGCUUAAAAGGCCAGAGGGCGGGCAGCAUGUCCAAUCAGCCCGCUUUUGACGGGAUCCACAUCGUCAAUCACUACAUACCAGACGACGAGUCGGACCACUCCUCGGACGAAGACACAGGCUUAGGCAAGACCCCCUCCCAUCUGAACCCUCAGCAGAGCAGCAGCAGCCACAGCAGCCUCGUCAGGCUGCACCCGUCCCUGGAUCCUACCCUGGGGGAUACGGACAGUGAGGGGGAUGAUGAUGAUGGGGAGGGUCUGGUUCUCUCUGUGCCCCCCAACAUCACCCACAAACACACCACCGUGUGACCCGGUGACUGGAGGCUGAUCAGGGCUGUUCUGAUCUAAUACAGUGGGGCAGAGGUGGUGUCCAUGGUAGCAAGCCACUCCUCAGGAGCAUGACGUCUAACUCUGUCUGUGGGAAUCCAACGUAGGGAGCUUCUUGGAAUGGAAGCUUUGGAAGCUUGGAGUGGAACGUGUCAUCUUUGUCAUCAAGUGAAGUCAUCGCAGAAUCACACUUGUGGUGGAGUUGGUUGUUUUCUUUGUGUUUUGUGUUACUCCGUUUGCUUUACUCUUCUUUUGCCAAAACCAGAUUGAGGAGGAUCAUAUCAGUGUGUUACUCUGGUCUGAACCCCAAGUGGAUGGAUCAGAGAAGGACAACAUGAAGGUUCUUUAGCUUCCUGAGCUCCACAGAGCCAGACUGACCACCAGGGGAGUGGAUGGGGGUUACCCCAUCUAGGGUGACCCCACCCAGGCAACCAAACUACGGGCACUCCCUCAGCCCCACAACACCAACCAUGAUACAACAGACACAACACACAGAGAGACUGUGCAAAAUAAUGAUUUACGCUUUAUGAUGACUAUGACACUUCAUUCAAUCAGUUUUAAUUUUUGUAUCGCUUUUUUAAGUGAACCAUAAAAAAUGUAUAGAGCCCUUUUGUGUGGGUGUCUUUAUCAUAUGGAGGGAAUGAUGUACUGGAGAGUGUCUCUAUUGAACAUGGUUAGAGCCCCAGUAUCAAACAUUAACUGUGGUAUGUCCCAAAUGGCACCCUAUUCCCUAUAUAGUGCACUACUUUUGACAAGAACCCUAUGGGCCCUGGUCAAAAGUAGUGCACUUUAAAAGUAAUAGGUUGCCAUUUGGGAUACAGAAAUACAACCUGCCCUAUCCGAAGGUCAGUGGGAAUCCUGUGUCUGUGUAUAUACAGUAUAUGUAAAUAGUUUUUUUUUUUUUUUACUUGAAAAUAUGUAUCUAAUGAAUUAUUGCAUAUCUAAUGUUUAUAAUGUAUUGUAUGGUUCGACUGAAAGGGACAUAUCACUAGUGUUGUCAAGACCCAUGGAUAACUGAUUGCCAGACAUUUCUUCCACAAACAUUGGCUGCGUUCUGAUUCUCUACCGUUCUCCAGAAGUGAGCACUCGUUCACCUUCCCUCAUACUUUUAAAUGCAUUGGAUUGAUGCAAGCAUGGCUGAAGGGAGUUUCCACCAUUAUUCCUUACAAAAAUGCAUUUAUUUUUAAUCCAUGAGGGGGAAUGUACGAGUGCACACUCCGGAGAAGGGUAGAGAUUGGGAACGUAGCCACAGUCUCAAUGUACUGUAGAUGUUUUCAUAUCUCAUACGUCUCUUCUCUGGCAAGAGGUUUUCCCUUUGGAGGAAGGAUUGAUGUAGGAUCAUUGCAUAAUUUCAUAGAUUAGAAUACAUUUCAGCAUGCUGGUUAAUGAAAGCAUGUAGCCUAGCUUAAGUGAACCAACCAUCCCAGAUUUAGAGGGCUGAUUUUAAAGUACUGCUAUUUCUAAGGUUAGGCAUAAUGACCUGUUAAUAAAAUACAAAAAUUAAGGGACAUAAUUAAAAGUAUGAGAACCGAGAAACGUGCUAUGUUGUUCUUUUGCACGAAAUGAAUGGCCGUCCAAGCCAAGGGAACAUAAUAUACUGCAUUCUGGAAAUAAAGUUAACAUAAGAGUGAACAACACUUCUAUCUGAAAAUACUAAGAAGAUCAUUCUAAAUGUUAGUCAAAUGGUAAACUAUUCCCUAUAUAGUGUACUACUUCUGACCAGAGCCCUAUGAGCCCUGGACAAAAGUAGUGCACAAUGUAGGGAAUAGGGUCCCAUUUGGGACGCAUUCUAAGACAUGUCCUGUUUGUUUCCUAUGUGAACGAAGCAAAGUGCAUUGUGUCAAGUGUUACCAAAGUGUAGGAGGCAUUGUAUAGGCCUGGUACCAAAUCAGUUUGUGCUGUAUAGCCUAUAACUCCUGUGGUCAUUGUGAUGCCUUGGAAUGACAGAUCUGGGACCAGGCUACAACUAUAAACCGUAGGCUCUGCCUGGCAGAGAAAUAAGCAUCACUCUGUUUCAUAAGGGAUGAAUGACAUUGAUUAUCAUAACACUAAAACAGACAGCCUCUAGGUUGAAAAAUGACCAGAACAAGGGACACCUUGUCAUAGCUAGAUUGUCAUUUUUUACCUCAGUGGCCCUUUAAGACAGAACCACAACCUAUCAGCCAAGUCUAUUUCUAUUCAGAAUGCACUGCAAUCCUCUGACUCAUUGUUCAGAUGGGUUUUUGUGAUACUGAUGUGAUAUUACUUGGUUAAGGACUACGAUAGAUGGAAUCCAUAUUUGGAGAGGCAUCAUGACGUAGUUUUGGCACUUUCAGAGAGAAUAAAAUGCAGUUAGGAGAGAAGCUUACAUAAGGCAACCAACCGUUAAUACUAUGGAAUAAUAAUUAUCACACUCUGAAAACAUGUGAGAUUGAUGUGUGUGAUGAGUUCACAAAUAAACUAACUAUUUGAUAA